CAGCAGAACACGGCUGCGCAAAAACCAGAGCRGACUGAAAGAACAGCUAUCUCUCCCUCUCUCCUUCGAAAAGCCGUCUCCCAGUCUGUCAUUUGACCAGGCAGUUCAUAGAGGCAAGAGCUCAGCGCCAAAGAAAGCGAGAGGGGGGAGGCAGGAAAGCAGACGGAGCAAAAAGAACAUGUUCAGUCUGACAAUAGGACUGCUGGGAUAUUUAUCUGCUCUCUAAACCCCACUCAGCUGGAGGUGGAUUUCUCUCUGUUGCUGCUUCUUUUGUGGACUCGCAGCCUCUUGGAUGAGGGCUGUAGUGCUGCUCACAGUCAACUGAGGAAGAGGAGGAGGAGGAGGAGGAUUCAUCUGACACCUUUUUUGGAGAUUUACACUUUGAGGAGUAGACCUCAAGAAGAACUAUAAGAAAGAAAGAAAAAGGAGAGAGGUGGGGUGGGCAGUGGUGGGGUGAGAGUGACUGAGUGCCGGGGCCCCAUGCCCACCUCUGCUCAUGGUUCAACAGCAUGAAAGGGGGCCACCAUCAUCAUCGUCACCACCGAGGCUGCGGCUGCCAGCACUUGUUCCGUAAAGUCCUGGUCAAGUGUGGCUGCUGCUAUGCCCGGGUCAGAGACUCGUACUCGGCAGCAGGCAGCGAGGGCAGCAUUUCCACCUCUGUGGCGUCGCUGCCCCCACAGCCAUCAGGCAGCUCGGCCCCCAGUUCACCGGGCUCCAGACGUUCUGUCAGCACCCUGAAAAAGUGGCUCACGAACCCCGUCCGCAAACUCAGCGCCGGCUCGUCUGCUAAAGGAGAUCGUCAGGUCCGGAAGCUUGAAGGGAAACCUCCGCCUCUGCCUCUGCCUUGCCACAGCCAGAGCCAAGAGCUUGGCAGCCCCCCGAUGCUUGACGAGACCCUCACCGUUCUACCUGUGACCCACAGCGAACCGGAGUGGAAAGAUGGCCUGGCAAGUCCUGAGGACCUGUCACCAGCCUCACUACAGCCACCAAGUUCUCUGAGUGGUUUCACAUCACUGCCAAACACCCAGGACACCCAGGACACCCAAGACACCCAGUCCACCGGUGUGCUGCCUGAUGACAGCGGGUCCAUCCUGAUGGACGACACCUCCAGCCAGUGGUCGGCUGUGGCGGACACCGAAGAGGAGAGGAGAAGUGCCUUAGAGAAAAGCAUGUAUGUGCUGAAGGAGCUUAUAGAGACAGAGAAGUACUAUGUGGCAGACCUGGGGCUCAUAGUGCAGGGCUACAUGGCCACGAUGAGUUCCAAAGGAGUACCAGAGGACAUGAAGGGGAAGGAUAAGAUUGUUUUUGGAAACAUUCAUCAAAUAUUUGACUGGCAUAAAGACUACUUCCUGGGAGAGCUGGAGAAGUGUUUGGCAGAGCCAGAAAGGCUGGCUCAGCUCUUCAUUAAACAUGAGAGGCGUCUCCAUAUGUAUGUUGUGUACUGUCAGAACAAGCCCAAAUCAGAGCAUAUUGUCUCAGAAUAUAUCGAGACGUACUUUGAGGAGCUCCGGCAGCAGCUGGGCCACCGGCUGCAGCUCAAUGACCUGCUCAUCAAACCCGUCCAGAGGAUCAUGAAGUACCAGCUUCUGCUCAAGGACUUUUUAAAAUACUACACCAAAGCUGGGAUGGACACAGAGGAGCUGGAGAAAGCAGUAGAAGUGAUGUGCUUUGUGCCAAAACGUUGCAACGACAUGAUGAAUGUGGGCAGACUACAAGGCUUUGAGGGAAAGAUCACGGCCCAGGGCAAACUGCUCCAGCAGGACACCUUCACCGUUACAGAGCAGGACAGCAGCUUCCUGUCUCGAGCCAAGGAGAGACGAGUCUUUCUGUUUGAGCAGCUGGUCAUCUUCAGCGAGCCCAUUGACAGGAAGAAAGGCUUCUCCCUCCCUGGAUACGUCUUUAAAAACAGCAUCAAGGUGAGCUGCCUGGGAGUGGAGCCCUGCGUGGAUGGAGACAAUACGCGCUUUGUGCUGACCUCACGAAACCCGGAUGGGAGCGUGGUGCGCUUCCAGCUGCAGACCUCGUCUCCAGAUACCUGCACAGCGUGGGUCAACGACGUGCUUCAGAUUCUGGAAAGUCAACGUAACUUCCUCAAUGCCUUACAGUCACCUAUCGAGUAUCAGCGGCGAGAGAGCAAGUCCAACAGCCUGGGCCGCAGCAUGAGGCCUCCUCUGUCUGCUGMGAGUGCCCUGCGGCCUCACUCGUCUGCCUCCAUCGACCGUCACAAGCUGCCAUCCCUCCACUCCCACAACACCUCCCUGCCUGCCCUCUACCUGCCGAGCCAAAGCCAGAGCCAAGGACCCAGUGAGAUGCUGUUACUGAGGGAUGCCGCUGCGGUCCAGCCAUGCCCUGCUGACUCCCACACUGCCUCUCCUUCGCACAUCCGCCUGGGCUUCACUGAUCAGCCAAACUGUCAAGCUGUGUCGAACGGGCUGUACAACCCGACUGCACAGCAGAGGGCAGCAGAGGGAUUCCGCAGAGGUUCUGCCUCUGAUGCUGGGAGCCAGGCUCCWCUGUCAGGCCCAUCAGCCGGACGGCGGCCCAGCAACCUUGCCCAGCUCGCCGAGGAUGACCUUUGAACUCUACAAAUGUGUCCUGGAUGUGGGAGGACARCCGCUGACAGCUGUGAGGACUUCUUGUCUACUGUUUGUUCAUGCCAGACUGGAUCCUCACCUGGUUCAGUCACARUUUCUGCAGGAAUAUGAAGGAAAUGUGGACUGAAGAUCUAAAACCUGCUCGGCUCCUUUGUCAGAGAGCGUUUAAAGGGAGGCGGCGUGGCCUUGAUCACCUUCAGCCAACGUGAACAGCACUCAGCAGGAUGCUGCWAGGCUCAGAAUUAGAAAACACUUUGUGUUAUGGCAACUUCUGCUUUUUUACCUUUUGUCUUUUUUUCUUUCUUUUUUUUUUAGGGAGAGAGUUCGUAUUCUCUCUUCGCAAAGAACAGAGGAGUUUUUUUUGAUGAUUUCAUUCCUAAUUGGGGCAGUCACUGGAGUUACAUGUGCCUGAGUGUAUGAAAUAAGAAGCAGAUGUGUUUGUGCGCGUGGAAGUGGGCAAGAAGACUUGUAGCCUGUAGGAAAUGUCUUUCUGGAAAUGUUGUUCCGAUGCCCCUUUAUCAAAACAAAAUCAGCCACAUUGACUUUUUUUAAAUUCCCUGCUGAAAACCGAGGUUGCUCCUUAUGUCGACGAGAAUGGGGRAAAAAGGCAGAACAUUUGAUGUGAGCUUCACAAGAACUUUGUUCGCUCAAAUUUCACGUAAAGGUGAAGAACUUUCUUUGUUGCCACAGUGCUGAGAGCCCCCUGCGUGCUCCGAUAUUCUGUUUGACUGACCUCGCUUUGAUCUGGACAAGAAGGGGUGAGGGAGCWCCCCCUCUCCGGAGGUUCUCUGUGGGUAUGACGUCACCUCUUAUUGCUUUUUACUCUUCAGGCAACUCCUCAGGAGCUGUGAAUGCAUCCAAAGGGCCUGCUGCGCUGACCCAACAGCUUCUCGGUCACUCUGCUUUACACAGAUCCUUAUUUACAGACAGAAGCUGGUUGCUUUYGAACAUGGGGAACAUAUUUUUUCUUUUUUUAAUUUGAAUUAAUAUGAAUAGCUUUAUUGUUGUCAUGUCAGGGUUCUGCUAUAAUCUCUGUUAGACCCMCACCCCCCACAUACUGUACAGCAUAUACCACCUGGGUAUACAAAGAAAUGUUGCAUUUCCAGCUGAUUGCAUGCUCCUUCUUCCUAAACGGUGCCAAAAACAACCGCAGCUCAUCCCUCAAAUGUUUAGUGCUCUCAUGGAUUAGUUCAGUCAUUAUGCUUACAAAUCAAAGGUAUAUCUGCAUUUCUAUUGAGUUUUACAGCCAGAUCAGAGCCGGAGUUAUGCAGUGGUUGGAGUGUCGCCUCUCAACAAGAAGUUAGCAGGAUCGCCUCGAAGUCUGGGGCUUUUCUAUGUGAAGUUCAAGUUCACCCUGUGCACAUGUGGGAUUCAUCUCACAAACCAAAAACACACACAUUAGAUUAUUUGGUCACUUUAAAUUGUCCUUAGGGGUAAGUGAGAGAACGGAUGGUUGUUUGUGUCCCUGUGAUGGACUGGAGACCUGUCCAGGRUGUAACCCACCACUCCCACAGUAACUGCUGGAGAUGAGCUCCAGCUCCCCAUGACCUGGAAAGGAGAAGCAGAUAUAGAAAACGCAUGGAUGAAUGGAAGGAACUGUCCUGUCAGGUAUGUUCCUAUUUGUGACCACUAGAGGUCCCCAAAAGACUUUCAGUAAUAGCUGCACCAAAAAUAAAUAAAUAAAUAAAUAAAUAAAUAAAUAAAUAAAUAAAUAAAUAAAUAAAUAAAUAAAUAAAUAAAUAAAUAAAACACAUUUCAGAUCUCACCUUAAAACUGCUCAAUAACUUGGCCAAAGACAAUAAAAUAGGUGAAACAAAUCACUUUAAAUACAAUUUUUUUAAUUGAGAUUUUUUCCCCCCUGUAGUUGACUCCAGGGUGAUUUAACAUGGAGUUCUCAUGAAAAUCACCGAUCUAUCAGUUCUGCAUGAAACACAAAGGAAUACCUCUACAGAGAACCAAAAGCAAGAGGAAGUCGGUUAGAACCACAACUGACCUGUCAGAGCUGUAUUAUAUCAAAUAAAAAGUGUCUUUUUGAAACUCA